AUGCUUCCUUGGCUGGAUUGCAACAGAGAAGAAGAGAAUGAGGGCAAGGCUGACAAUGUACAGAAACCCGGCUUUGUCAAAGGGCCGGUGUUCAAAGGCGUGGCGUCGAGCCGCUUCUUGCCCAAAGGCACCCGAACAAAAGUUAACCUUGAGGAACAAGGCAGGCAAAAGGUGUCCUUCAGCUUCAGUCUGACCAAGAAAACCCUGCAGAACAGAUUCCUGGCAGGUCUUGGAAAUGACAAACAAAAUGAGACUCCGAGCUCCCCAGCGGCACCGCUUCAAACUGACCUUCCCUCCAAAAUUAAACUCGAUCUUGGGGAUUUUGGUGAUACAGAGGAAUUUUCGCCACCAAAGCCUAAGGUAGAGUUAGGCAAGAUCCAUUUCAAGAAACAUAUGCUGAAUGUUACCACCAAGCCUUCCCCAGCUGUUGUGGUAUCGCCAACAGUGGCUCUUGCUCCAGCUAUUACGGCAGAAUUAGUGGAGGUGCCCCCAUCGCCCCCGCCUCCUCCGCCCCCGCCUCCUCCGCCUCCACCACCUGCUCCAGCACCUGUACCAACCCCAGCAGCUUUCCCUCAAGUUCCAGUUGCAGUACCAACAGCAGCUUCACCUCGGUCACCCUCACCUGUAGAAACCGCUGUCCGAGUGGCAAAGGAGCCCUCAAAUAAAGCACCUCAAGAAACGUCCCAGCUAAAUACUACACAAAAUGCUGUGUCAGAUGACUCAGAAGAACAUUUACCUCAGGUUGUUUCUGAGGAAGCAGAAGUGGUCCCGGCUAAAGGGGGGUCCCGUGCUGGUAAGGAGGAGGAAGCUUCAGAGAGCUCCAAGUGUUCUUUUCCUAGUUCUAAAAAACAAAGUUCUAAGAGGAGGUCUGAUGGCACGUUGCCAGCUUCUGAAUCAGAUGAAGAUUCUGUGAGGACUUCCUCAAGUCAGAGGUCCCAUGACAUUAAAAUAUCAACUAGCUCUGAGAAAGAAAAAGAUUCACGAAAGAGCUCUACUUCUCUCAAAACAGAAGAACAAGCAAAAUCCUCAUCCCGGUCUAGAUCUGACAGAGAUGAAAAAUAUUCCAGUUACUCCAGAUCUGAGAGAGACUCUAGGUACACUUCCUCCCGUUCCAGAUCUGACAGAGGGAGGAGGCGGAGCAGAUCUCGUUCUCGUUCUAGAUCUGAGAGAGGUUCUAGAACCAGUUCUUCUUAUUCCAGGUCUGAACGGUCUCAUUACUAUGACUCUGACCGGAGGUACCAUAGGAGUUCCCCAUAUAGAGAAAAGACACGAUAUUCUCGUUCUUACAUGGAUAGUAGGACAAGAGAAAGUUCAGAUUCGGAAGAGGAGUAUCGGAGGUCAUAUUCCAGAUCUACAGACUCAAGGCGUACAUCCUCUCAUUCCUCAUCUUACAGAGACUCUAGGACUUCUUCCUAUUCCAAGUCUGAUCGGGAUAGCAAGACGGAAUCCUCUCACGCUGACUUGGAGAGAAAAGGAAAGCCUACAAAAUCAGACCGGGAAUCCAAAAGGAUUUCAGAAAGUGAAGUAUCGAAGAGGUGCUCUCCAGUGAUUGAGGUGGGACAUCGUAAGGGGACAUCCCACUCUAAAACAGACAGUAGUGUGAAUUCUUCCCGUCACAAGUCCACCUCUUCCAAGACAUCAUCUGCUCCAAAGUCAGAUAAGUUUAAAAGUUCUUUCUGUUGUACAGAAUCUGAGGAAAUCAGAGAGCAGUCUAAUUGUGUAGACUCAGAGGCGCCUCGUGUACAGAACUGUGAAGCAGAAACUAUUACACAGAAGCCAGAAUCAGAAAAGGUUGUUUCAGUGUUAAGUCAUCCAAAUGAUUCACCUACUUUCAAAAAGCUAGAUGAGUCUAAAGGGGGUUCUCCUAUUUCGAAGUCUAUUGAACUUGCCAGAAUGGAUAGCCAUGACAGUAUUAAGGAAGAAGAGCCUUUAGUCAAGUUAAAACACGACAAUAUAAGAAAUUGUUCUCCAGUAGAACUGAAUAUAAAUGGGUCUCCAGAAGGAAGGCCCAGAGAUGCAGCGUUAUUCUGUACCUCCAAGCUGGAGACAGUUGCAAUGUCUUCUGAUGAUAGUUUAGAUAGUUCUGAGGUAGCACCUUGGGUCAAGAGCCCUAGUUUAGAUGAGUUGUCCUCUAAUGGGUUUCAAACUGCAUAUCUUUCUAAAGGUCAUGAUCUAGAUGAUUCCCCUGUUCUUUCUCAUGAAUCCAGCAGUUUGCUUAAAGAAAAAAAAAUUCUGGUUCUUUCCGAAUAUGAAUUUGUACCCUCCUGUAUUGAGAAUGUAAAUCAUUCUAGAACAUUACCUAAAGUGGAUGACCUAGCAGACUCCUGUAAUAAAACCAAAGAUCCAGCCCCUUGCUACCUUUCGGACGAUGCCACUCUCUCAUUGUAUUAUUCAGAAGUUGAAAUUGAAGCUGAGCCUUCAGAUGCAAAAGCGAUUCAGGAAUCUCCUAUGGAUAUUGAUGUAGAACCGCAAAUGGAAGCCUGCCAUGAUGCGGUGGAUAAAAAUUUAUUGGAAAUGGCUACUGAAAGUGAGAAAUACAGUGCUAGAAGUUUCAGCUUUUCGGAGGAUAGCCCAGUCAGAGAUUCUUCUGCAGGAGAACGUUCUGUGGAAUUGAAGUUAGACAAUCAGUUUAUUGCACAACAACCCCCAUCAGAAAAUGUGUUCUCCCAGUUGGAGAGAACGUUGCAGAAAAAGAGGGACGAACUCGUGGAGUGUCCUGAAGUAGCUCUUGAAAUAGAUGCCCAGCACGUUGAUUCCAUUAUAGAAAAAACAGAAUCACCUGUAAAAAAUGAGCAUUCUUAUUAUUUAGAGAUGCCGGUAGAAGACCUGGAAGAAGAAGAGCCUGAUAGACGGGAGGAUUUGGUUGCCCUUGAAGAAAGAACCACGCCUGAUGCGAAAGACUGCUAUCUUGAUGCCUUUGCGACGAAGGACAAAGAUGACUCCUUGGUAGGAUCUGCAUUUUCGGAAGCGCUGUCCCCAUCUUGUGAUAUUGUUGUGACGGUAGAAGAAACGGAAAUGAUCACUGAAGCCCCAGGAUGCGACAGCAGUGGUACUACUCCUGAACUCGUUUCCAUUCACAAUGAGGAUUAUUCCGACACCGCUGAAAGUGCGAGCGAGCCAGGCAGCGAGGAAAGUGAUACCGAAGACUCAGAUUCAGACGACAGCAGUGUUCCGAGGAACCGCCUCCAGUCGGUUGUGGUCAUUCCGAAGAAUUCUACAAUAAGCAUGGAGGAGAGCAGUUCCUCUUCCUCUCGGAACAGCCAGAGUAACAGACGCUACUUGGAUCACUGGGAAGACGCCAGACCGGAACCCAGCAAGCCAUACUAUGAAGAAGUACAAGACGACGUGGAGUUGGACAACGGCCCUCAACAUGAAAGCAGGCGCGUGCCUUCUAGAGACACAGAGGGGAGCCCUGCUACAACGACAGAGCUCGGUAGAGCAGAGCCUGCGAACCUUCAGCCGGGGGCCCUCCAGCCUCAAAGCGAUGGCGUCGACAGCACCAGUCAGCCGGAGCGGCCAUCAGAUUCUCUUAGCAAGCUGAAGCCGGAUGGCAGGACUGUGUUAAUGGAGCCAAUGUCGGUCGUUCAGUCACCACGGCAAGAGGAACUGCGCUACUUCGACAAGAACUAUGAAGUGGUUGAUCAUACAUGUAGGCAGCAGCCCGGUGUUUCCAAGCCAGACAGCAGGCAGGGGAGGCCUAGUUUCAGCGAUCUCGCCAACACAGGAAGAGAGUUCUCCAGACAAGAUGGCUUUCAUUCAGCAGAGGACAUGGGGAACUUGGGGUGGGACUUCUCCCAGCCAGAGAAACCGAGCAGCACAUACCAGCAGCCUGACAGCAGCUAUGGCAUUUUCCCAGGUUAUGUUUACCCGCCAGGUUCGGGGCCAUAUGUUGGGUCCCAUAACUACUGGCAUGACAAUGGGUACUGGGACCCAAGGUUGAGCAGUAGGCCCCCCGAGAUGCAUUACGAGCGAAUCCAAGGGCAGGUCCCUGACUCACUGACAGAGGACCAUGAGGAGUACGAAGAAGUUGACCGUUGGGUGGACGAAAGCCACCCUUACUUCUCCGACCAGUCAAGUAAGUUCCAGGCGCGGGACCCUAGAGAGAAGGGUUCUGUGCAGGCGCACGAGAUCAGCAGCAACUCGGCCAAAGAGCCAGCAGCUGCAGGCGAGACAAAAGAGUACGUGAAGACUUUGAGUAAAAAUGACAUGAAAGAGCGGGGGCCGCUGAAGAAAAGGAGGCCGGACUUAGAGAGCGACUCCGAGAGCGACGGGGACUCCCGGGAAAGGAAGAAGGUGAAGACGGAGGGCGAGCAGGGGCCGGUUCUGCUUCAGGACUCUUCAAUGAUUCGCCCACUGUGUCUCAUGGAAGACUUCAGGGACCCACAGCGUUGGAAGGAGUUUUCCAAGCAAGGGAAGAUGCCCUGCUACUUCGAUCUGAUUGAGGAAAAUGUGUAUUUAACAGAAAGGAAAAAGAAUAAAUCGCACCGUGACAUCAAGCGGAUGCUGUGUGAGUGUGCAACGCUUUCCAAAGAGGAGAGAGCUCAAGGGGAGGUGGCAUGUGGAGAGGAUUGUCUUAACCGCCUGCUCAUGAUCGAAUGUUCUUCGAGGUGCCCGAAUGGGGAGUACUGCUCCAAUAGGCGGUUCCAGAGGAAGCAGCACGCCGAUGUGGAAGUCAUCCUGACGGAGAAGAAAGGCUGGGGGCUGAGAGCAGCAAAAGACCUCCCUUCCAACACCUUUGUACUGGAAUACUGCGGAGAGGUGCUGGAUCACAAAGAAUUUAAAACCCGGGUUAAAGAGUACGCCCGAAGCAAGAACAUCCAUUACUACUUCAUGGCACUGAAAAACGAUGAGAUAAUUGAUGCCACCCAGAAAGGAAACUGUUCUCGUUUCAUGAACCACAGCUGCGAACCAAAUUGUGAGACGCAGAAGUGGACUGUAAAUGGACAGCUGAGAGUUGGCUUUUUCACCACCAAAUUAGUACCAUCGGGCUCUGAGCUGACAUUCGACUACCAGUUCCAGAGAUAUGGCAAAGAAGCUCAGAAGUGCUUCUGUGGCUCUGUCAAUUGCCGGGGUUACCUUGGAGGAGAGAACAGAGUCAGCAUCAGAGCCGCCGGAGGCAAAAUGAAAAAGGAGCGGUCUCGUAAAAAAGAUUCGGUGGACGGAGAGCUGGAGGCACUCUUGGAAAACGGAGAAGGGCUUUCAGAUAAGAACCAAGUUCUCAGCUUGUCCCGACUGAUGGUGCGGAUUGAGACUCUGGAACAGAAGCUCACCUGUCUCAAACUCAUACAGAACACUCAUUCUCAGGCUUGCCUCAAGACCUUCUUAGAAUGUCACGGUCUGUCCCUGCUCUGGAUUUGGAUGGCAGAGCUUGGCGACAGCCGGGGAAACAACUUGAAGCUUCAGCUGGAGAUUAUGAAGACCUUGGAGCUCUUACCCAUUCCCAAUAAAAACAUGUUGGAGGAGAGCAAAGUGCUUCCGAUUAUCCAGCGCUGGGCCCAGACCAAGUUGGUGAUUCCACACCUGAGUGAAGGGGAUGGCUAUUCUAGUGAGAACCCCUCGCGGGCUCAUACCCCACUCAACACCCCGGAUCCUUCCACCAAGCCAAAUGUGGAGAUCGACACAGAGACCCCUAAGAAGCUUGCCUUGCGAAGGCUCAAAAUCAUCAGUGAAAACAGCAUGGAUAGUGCGAUCUCCGACACCGCCAGCGAGAUGGAACUGAAGGAAGGGAAGGAGGACCUCGAGCAUCCAGAUGGCACCCCCCUAGAAGCAGUGGAGGAUCAGCCCCCGCAGUUAGAGCCCACCAAGGAGGCAGUUGUCGAGGACUUGUCGGACACCAGCAAACCUCAGUCUGGGGAGCAGGAGACAGAGCCAGAAGCCGAGGCAAAAGAUGGGAGCGUUAUCAAGCUGGAGGAAUCCCUUGCGGCUGAAACACCUUCUCAAGAUGAAGAAGAGGGUGUGUCGGAUGUGGAAAGCGAGCGGAGCCAAGAACAGACCGAUAAGAUAGUGGACGUGAGCGAUUUGGCCACCAGGCUUCUGGACUGCUGGAAAGAUCUGAAAGAGGUGUACAGGAUCCCAAAGAAGAGUCAAGUGGAAAAAGAGACCACAGAACGAGGGCGAGAACCUACCAGUCGAGACCCGGCUGCUACCCCGAAAAACCAGAGCAGAGAACGAGAUCCUGAAAGACGAAGCCACAGCAAAGAGAAGAAAAAACGGAGAGAUUCGCUGUCACCCCCUUCAGCGUACGAGCGAGGCACUAAGCGUCCCGAUGACCGCUACGAUACGCCAGCCACAACCUCCAAGAAGAAAGUGCGGAUCAAGGACCGCAACAAGCUGUCCACGGAAGAGCGCAGGAAGCUCUUUGAGCAGGAGGUGGCCCAGCGGGAGGCGCAGAAGCAGCAGCAGCAGCUGCAGAACCUCGGGAUGGCAUCCCCCCUCCCCUACGACUCCAUGGCCUACAGUGCCUCCCACCACGCUUUUAUGGGCUACCCCCCUGGCUACCCCAUGCAAGCCUACGUAGACCCCACCAACCCUAAUGCCGGCAAGGUGCUACUUCCGACGCCAAGCAUGGACCCCAUGUGCUCCCCGGCGGCCUAUGAGCACCCACAGACUUUGGUGGGGCACACCAUUGAGCCGACCCUGGCGACUCCCCAGCCAGUGCCCGUGGUUCAGCAUGUAGCAACGACCCUGGAGGUGUCCACCCCGCAGUACGUGGCGCAGAGCGACCCCGUGGUCCACCAGGAGCAGAGCGUCACGGUCCUGCCGGUGCCGGCUCCCGCCCCGGUGCAAGGGCAGAGCUACAGUGUCUGGGAUUCCAGCCAGCAGACGGUAGCGGUGCAGCCGCCUUACUCUCCGGCGCAGUCGCAGCCAGCCAUAUACUACCAAGGACAAGCGUGUCAGACCGUUUACGGGGUCACGUCGCCGUAUUCUCAGACCACCCCACCAAUUGUACAGAGUUACGCCCAGCCAGGCCUUCAGUAUAUUCAGGGGCAGCAGAUUUACGCUGCUCACCCCCAAGGUGUCGUGGUGCAGCCCACAACAGCGGUGACGACGAUUGUCGCAGCAGGACAGCCUCCACCCAUGCAGCAGCCGGAGCUUGUGGUGACCAACAACCUCCUGGACCUGCCUCCGCCCUCUCCUCCAAAACCCAAAACCAUCGUCCUCCCUCCAAACUGGAAAACGGCUCGAGAUCCAGAGGGGAAGAUCUAUUAUUAUCAUGUGGCCACAAGGCAAACCCAGUGGGACCCACCAACUUGGGACAGCCCAGGGGAUGACGCCAGCCUGGAACAUGAAGCUGAAAUGGAUCUUGGGACCCCAACAUACGACGAAAAUCCCAUGAAGUCUUCCAAGAAGCCCAAAACGGCAGAAGCAGACACUUCCAGCGAGCUGGCAAAGAAAAGCAAGGAAGUAUUCCGGAAGGAGAUGUCUCAGUUCAUCGUGCAAUGCCUGAAUCCCUAUCGGAAGCCAGACUGCAAAGUUGGCCGGAUAACCACAACUGAAGAUUUCAAGCACCUGGCACGCAAGCUGACCCACGGAGUGAUGAACAAAGAACUGAAAUACUGCAAGAACCCCGAAGACCUGGAAUGCAACGAGAACGUGAAGCACAAGACAAAAGAGUACAUCAAGAAAUACAUGCAGAAGUUCGGGGGCAUUUACAAACCCAAAGAGGACACGGAUUUGGAAUAACCGCCAAGGGCGGAAGCGCCGCGUUCCUCUUCAGAGCUCG